AUGGUUCGUAACUCGAUCAUCCGCAGAAUUCUGUCCUCAGAGGACGAAUAUUCCGACCUUUACGACCUCCUUCUGCGAUUGUCUCUGUGCGACGAGUCCUUACCUUCCCUCGCUGUCCGCCACUCCAUCACCUCCUUAUCAACCCUACAUACACACGGCCUCGCAGCAGCAAGAAUUACCCAAGGCAAAGCAAUCUGCGCCAUCCGGCACACAAUCGCCAGUGGUCUGAACCGUCCAAAUGCGAUACUGCAAGUCAUCGCUGCUAGUCUUCUGAUGCUAUUACACGAGAUUUAUAGCCGCGAACCGUCCCCUACAGCCUGGACCGGUUUCUUAUGUGGGUCUGAGCAGCUCGCGAAACUGAUCUAUGAAUACGACGAAACGUAUGAAGGAGACUUUGCCCUGAUCCUUGACUGGUUAUUCUAUCACCAUGUCAUGUACAAAUUUACUAUUCGACAUUGGGCGCGACGGAAAGAGGAGCAGUUCAAACUAGCCGAAGAACCGGCGAUGAUAUCCAAAGCAAUGUUCUCUCCUAUGCGCAAUAUCGUACAUUUCCCGCCUUAUGAGAACAAUAAGUCGAUUGCUGAUUAUGUCCAGAUUCUUCCUACCCUCGGCUGCUCGCUUGAACUCCUCGAUUUGCUCACCUCAGUCAUCGACGUAAUUAUCGACAAGCGCGACCCUGAAUAUCUUUCGGAAAAACAUCGGCAAGCCAUCCGAGCCCUCGACAACAGACUAUGCACCAUUCGCCAAACUGAGAGAAUAAGACUCAGCCACCCUCCUAGUGAUGGACAAUCAAACGAAAAUCAUGAAAGAGACACAGCAAACCUCUUCCGCUUGGCAAUCAGGGUGUACCUCGAACGAGUCGGAAACCGAUGCCGAUCUUCCACAAACCCGGAGAAACUAAACGAACUAGCCGGUCAAGCAUUUAGGCUUAUCUCGGCUCUCGGACGCGUGAAUCAGCGAUUCCCGAUUUUUGUUGUGGCGUUGGAGGCUCGAACAGAUGAACAACGGGCACUGAUUCUCCGGGCUUUGGCGAAUACGGAGGAACGACGCGUCCCUAAUGAAUUGUCGUCUAUUCGGGCGAUGGUUCAAUCGGCGUGGGUAAAGAUGGAUCUUUCUUUGGACUCAAAUCUGGGGCUUGAUUCACUGGGGCUGUAUAACGAUGUUAUCGGAUGGAAUGUGGUCCCUCCUGCAUUUACUUAG